UGUGGAGGAAGAAGAAGUAGAAGAAGAAAAAGAAGGGGGGGGUUACUGGCGGACACGCUGUAUUGGCUCUGCUUUAUCAGCCAACCACUGCUGAUCUCAGGUUGAUCUCUGGACCCUCUCAUGUUGAGCAACAGCAGCUCCAGGGAUCAUUAGACACAAAGGCAGGCUGUAGAAGACAAGUGAAUGAAAGGGAAUGAGAAAAGAAGCAACUGCAGACGCGACUCGUGGUGGCGUGGAGGAGUAGACGAGCAAGAUCCGCGGCAGUGCUUAUUCACUUAUGUGUAGAGAGCUCGAUGGUGGAAACAACUUUUGAUUUAAGGCUUUGGGGAGGAGUAUGAAAGGUCUCGGGGCAAAGGGUGGGGUGGUGGGUUUGAGGGGGCAAGAAAGUAAUUGUGGUGACAGGCAGUGCAAGGGACAAGGACUCAUGUGAGACACGCUGGAAUUUGAGGAGAAAAGACACAGAAGGCUGGCGGCGAGGAAAGAGGACUUCAGCAUGGGUGUGAAGAGCAAGGCUGCCUUGGCUAUCUUAGUCCUGCUGCUCUUCCUCGGCACGCUCUGGCUCCAUGGAGGUUUGGAUUACCACUGGGAUGCUUGUCUAAAAGGUUACAACCAACUGAAUGAGCUGUCAAACAGCAGUGCCUCCGAAGCGUCCCAAAGCCUUGAAGCCUUGGAGGAGUGCCCCGGACAGACAUUCCAGAUCUCACUUCUACUCACCCACCUGCUGGCGUCACCGGCCUUCACGUCUGACGUACUUUUACAGCCUUAUCUGUCCAGCUGGGAUGAGCUUGUGAAGUUUAUGGAGGCUCUGGGACCCAUGGUUGGCCUAAUAUCUAAAGAGAUAGAAACCAAAACCUCCAUUAUUCGAGAACUAUCCCAUCUAGCUGAGACCAGCCCGGAAGCGGAGGUCAAUCCAGAUGUCGAUUCUGAAAAAACUGUGACCCCAGAGGUGGGAGUGAAGAAUUUAGACCACUUGCAGCAUUCUGGCGCUUACCAUUCAGUGCGCUCCAUGAUCUGGGUGGAGCUGAAACGAGGCGUGGUGGACUUCAAUCACCAGACAGAUUCUGGAUGCCGGACUCUCCUACGACUGCACCGAGCUCUGCUGUGGCUCAAGCUCUUCCUGCACAAGCUGGCUGAAAUCCCGGCGGCGGGCCGGCUCCGGAGCCCGUCGGAGUUGUGUCGGGAGGCCUAUAAGAGCACCCUGGCCAACCACCACUCCUGGUUUGUGCGCAGGGCCGCAGAGAUGGCCUUUAUUGCCAUGCCCGAGCGGGGUUUCUUUUUCAGGCUGGUGUGUGUACAGAACCAAGAAGAGCUGAACGUAGUGCUGAGUCGGGUGGUCAGGGCGAUUGGGGUGGUCUAUGAUAGGACGCAGAAAGCUCUGGAGGACAACGGAAUGCUGGAUUUGCCAUAAAAAAAAGGCCCAUGGAUGGUCUUCAUUGUUGCUAUUUCAAAAUGUGAAUGAACGUAUAACACAGGUAGUCCCCGGGUUACGACGUAUUCGACUUACGCGAUUUCAACUUUACGACGCCGGAGUCUCGUCCACCAUUUCGUCUCCAGUCUUUUUUUUUUUUAAUCGCACAAACAGUACCCAGUUGUACCUUACAAGAUCUUAUUUUUUACUUUACUUUAUCAAUAUGACUUGUUCUGUCCUCACUAAAUGUGAAGUUGUUCAACUUGACGGACAGCAAACAAAGCAAAUGUGCCUUUUGAAGCUUUUCCUUCACUCUUUUUGUACUUUGUAAUUUGUAAAGCUGUAACACACAUACUGUAUGUAUUCUUAUGUUCAAAACCACACGCAUUUUAACAACAAAACAAGGUUCAAACGUCCAUCUAGUCUGAUCAAUAUGAAAAUUUAGUCAUUUAAAUUAGCAUAAUUUGCUACGAAUGCUAACGUAUUUACAGUUCUUAUAGAAAAUCACUCACAUGUAACUCCACAAACUGUAGCUCUAAAGUUAAUUACAAAUGCAUACACAAACAUAUAUUAGCUGAAGCAACUUACAGCUUUAUGUGGGACAAACCAGAGCGCAGCUAUACUUUAUCCAUGUGAUACAUGUCCAUGUCAUAUCCAUGUCAAGUCUGCUUCUCAGUCACGCAAGGUGACAGUCCAGCCAGACCCAACGCUUCCAUCAGAGGAAUGUGUAUCCUCCAUCAUUAAAAAAAAAAAAAAAAGUGCUACUUUUGGACUUUUUGGGUAAUUAUUUUGAUAUUUAAUUAAAGGGUUAAUUCCAACUUACGCGGAUAUUCAGGUUACGUAGCCAGCUUAGGAACGGAACUAGUUUGUAAACCGGGGACUACCUGUAUUUGAACUAAAAGUGCCAUAUUUCUUUACCAAAUACAGUACAGACAUUUCGUUUUUGGUCUUAAAUUCCCUAAAGAAAAUGUCUCCUUAUGUACACAAAUGGUCUUUUUAAGGCAGCUAAUGAUGGAAUUGACUUCAGGAGUCAGAAAGAGACGCUGAUGCAGAAGUGCCUUGAUAUCCCUGCUAAGAAAUCCAGCAGCAAUGGAAUUCAAGUGUUUUGUUACUGGUUUUGCUGGUACAGAAACGAGCAUAAAAGUGCAUUCAUGCUAACAGCCAGCAGGUGGCUACUUUGCAAGUAGCAAUCCAGUUACCUCUGCAAACGUUAUUACUAAUGAGGUAAAGGUCCAUGUUGUCAGUUUGAAGUCCAGGAUAAUAAAUAACUUAUUAUUUAGGCAAUGGCUAUAUUUAUAGGACCAAAUCAGUAUUUCCUCAUGCCAUCUUUAUUGCAGCUAUCCAUUAGAUGUGUAAAUUCCCUUAUGUGAUUUUUGUUGCAUAACCCCAAACUACAAACUAUUGCCACUUCAGAAUGAUAUCUAGGAGUUUGUCAGAUUCUUCAGAAUCAUCCGUAAAAGAGUUGAACAAAGGUACAAAAAAAGCAAAAUCCUAAUAACACCAUUUACGAUAGUAUAUAUACUGUAUAUUGUAUUUACCGUAAUUUUCGGACUACAAGCCGCUACUUUUUCCCCUCAUUUUUUAAUCCUGCGGCUUAUUUGUUGAUUUAUUUGUGUUAAUAGGUAACACUUUAUUUGACAGCGAUGUCAUAAGACUGCCAUAAGACCGUCAUAAUUAAUACAUUGGCAUUAAAGAAUGCAUAUGACAGAGGUCAUUGAGUGUCAUCCGGCAAAUUAUGUCACUAACUCAAUUUAUGUCCUGCUUGGAUCUUUUUCAUCCAUUCCAAAGUUAGAUAAUUUGCCGAAUGACACAAAAUGACAUCAGUCAUGAACAUUCAUUAAUGCUCAUGGCAGUGUCAUGUCAUAAUUAUGAUGGUCUAAUAACGGUCUUAUGGCGCCACUGUCAAAUAAAGUAUUACCAGAUACCAUAACUAGCGAUUAAUGAAACAACUAGAACAGUAACUGAAGAAAUAAUUAGCUCAAAACAUGAAUUUUGAUUGUUAUUUACAUCUGCAGCACCGCAGUGCAUGCUAGGAGGCAUGUUGGAUGAAAACAGUGUCGAAAGUAGGAGGCAGCAGAGGUUGAUUGUCUUCACCGAGGGAGCAGUGAUGCCCAAAUGAAGCUUCUUGAAGCUUCAUGGUGGUUCAUUUGGUCUUAUGACAGUCUUAUGAUCCCGCUUACAAAUAAAGUAGGGCUGUCAAACGAUUAAAAUUUUUAAUCGAGUUAAUUACAGCUUAAAAAUUAAUUAAUCGUAAUUAAUCGCAAUUAAUCGCAAUUCAAACUAUCUAUAAAAUAUGCCAUAUUUUUCUGUAAAUUAUAUAUAUAUAUAUUCUGUAAAAUAAAUUGUUGGAAUGGAAAGAUAAGACACAAAAUGGAUAUAUACAUUCAACAUACGGUACAAAAGGACUAGUGGGCAUUUCACUCUACUGUCAUUUAAAUCUGUCUAUGCUGUCGUCACUCUGAAGCGUCUACCUUUUCCAAAGCUAGACAGCUAGUGAACGACGCCUUAAUAAUUAGACUUCUUCCUUUUUCAUCUGAUUUAUUAAUAAAAUGGCCUCAAACCAUUGUCCUCUUUAGACCGUCGUAAAACUACAAAAAAAAAAGUACACAAGCAUUGCAUUAGCAACAACGUUAGCAUAGCACGCUAUACAGGUUCACUAAACAUAAACAAAAAGCGUCUCAUACAAAAAAUAGAACAUUUCGCUUACUAACAUAAUAUGUACAUUCUUUACAACAACCAUACUUACGGACAAAUCUUGUCCAAGGAUCAUAUAAGCACAACAUUAUCAGCCCGAGACGUCGUGCAGCCAUAAUGAACUGGAAAGAAAACAAUAAACCAUGUCGCAAAGCGACCACAAGAGUUCGCUGUUGGACAGCACAAAAAGUCUUGCUGUAAAACUUACCAAAAGGCAGAAUACUUUCUGAGCGGGACAUGAGCGUUAAUUGCGUCAAAUAUUUUAACGUGAUUAAUUAAAAAAAUUAAUUACCGCGCGUUAAUGCGAUAAUUUUGACAGCCCUAAAAUAAAGUGUUACUGUUUAAUAUAUUUUGGUGUAAAUAUCCCAUAAUACAGUGAGGACAGCUGCGGUCUAUAGUCAGGUGCGGCUUAUCUAUGAACAAAUGCCGUUAUCGUGUCAAAUUUGGUGGGUCGCGACCUAUAGUUAGGUGUGCCUUAUAGUCCGAAAAUUACAGUAUUUGGUAAAUCAGCAAAAUAGCAUCAUACUGUACCAGAGGAAUCCAUUCUGUGUCUUAACCCUAAGGUUGAUUGAAAUGGCUUUUCUUUUUUAUUUUGUUCUGGAGUAAAUUAUCAUUACCAGAUGUCAAAGGCAGCAAAUGAUUAAAUUGCGGGUGUAACCGCUGGGGAGUCAGAAAACUACCUCAAUAAGGUUUUUCGGUUUAUAAAGAUAAAUUAGCAGUGGGACCUAUUGCCUGUGAUCAAAAUUUGUAUUUUAGAUGUUGGAAAAAUAUGGUGCUUCACCAUGACACUGACAUGAAUGUGCAGUAUUAAUUCAGCUGUAAUAUAUAUUGUCAAAAUGAAUCUCAGUAAUAAUAAAGGUGCCUAUUUCUGAACAUGUGGUCCAGCGUCCUCACAUCAUGUUAGUUAAAGCUCCCAUCAAUGAGUUUCUCUCCAAUUAACGCUAUUUUGAAAUGAUAGAAGAGCAGAGUAAUGUUCUAACCCAAACACUGCACUGGUCUGGAUGAGACUAUUUUAAACCCACAAAUACCUCUAAUACCAGGUAAUCCUGCCUGUCUCCUUUUUUCCUGCUCGGUGUUCUCUCUUUCUAAGAACACAGCGGCAGGGUAGACAAAGGUGAUCAGAGCAGGCCGCUCUGAGGUGUUCUACAAAGUAGUCACGCUAUUAAUGAGCGGCCACUGCAUAGACGUGAAAAACGAACCAGUUGCUCUAAAAAUGAACUGUUUUUACAUUAACUAUGCCAUAUUACUACUUUGAACUCUGAAACGAAGAAAAUACAUCAACAACCUUUCUCCUUUUUCAGCGGCUUUAAUGUUAUUUGGCUGCCAUUGAACGAGAUAGACGUCCAAAACAUCAGUCAAAAACAUAAAAUGUCAAUGGCACUAAAAUAUGAUCAUCCCAGUUCAAACGGAUUUGACGUCUAUUGCUGUCAUUAACAGCAUGAGUUUAAAAAAAAAAAAAAAAAAGAACUUUAGUCUUUGACCUGUUUACUCAGACCUCAAUUACAACCACUUCAGGUCAUAAGCGGAUUUUAAGGGGGGGCCAAGGCGGCCAGCCCCCCCCCCCGGUGGCCGAAAAGUGUCAUUGCAUGAAAUUGACUUUCCUAUA